CGGCGCCCGUCCCGGCGGCGUCGAGGAAGCUGGUGCAGAGCCUGAAGGAGAUCGUGAACCGCCCCGGGCCUGAGAUCUACGCCGCGCUGCGUGAGUGCGGCAUGGACCCCGACGAGGCGGUCAGCCGCCUCCUCUCCCAAGAUACCUCGAGGAUACAGCUCAGCCUGGCAGCAGUCCGGAUCAGCCCAGAGUCGAAUCCCUAAAACUGGCAUCGCUCUCGCCUCCCUCUCCAGCCACCUCUCUCUCGCAAAUCUGUCACCAGUCGCCGCCAGCAUGCAGUGCCUCUCGCCAGUCACAACCACGCCGGCGGCGACGCGCACGCCUUCAGGCUCUAGCGGGCUUAUAGCCGCCCACACCUCCAGGUUCUAGGCUCCCGCGCGGCUGCGCCUCCAGGCUCCAGAUUCGAUACUUUUCAAGAGGUAAAGAGCAAGCGUGAUAAGAAAAAGGAGAUUAAAGAGACUCCUGAGCCUAGAUCUCGAUCAGCAAAUAAUUCUACAAGUCGAGGCAUCAGAGGUGGUGCAGAUCGUGGUGGAUGGAACGGUUCUGUGCAAUCCAGCUCCGUUGAUAAUGUGACCUCUAGGUCACCAGUCUCGGGACCUGGUAUGCCGUCAACAAUUGCAAGUUCCUUUGUAAACAAACAUAUGGUUCCUGAGGGACCAGUAGUACCAGUGCAAUCAUCAUCUGGGUUUCAGCACGGUUGGUCUGGGACGCCAGGUCAGUUGUCGAUGGCCGAUAUUGUGAAAAUGGGUAGGCCUCAGGCAAAGCAUUCUAUCAAGCCUGUGGUUACAGCUGACAGAGGAUAUGCCGGACAAUAUCCAUCUUUGCCAAGCACUGCAAACCAGAAUCCAAAACAAUCCGCAAGCACAGUUUUACCGACAGAGCUUGACCACGGAUUACCUCCUCUGCAAGAUUCUGUUCAGAUUAAGAAUCACAGUGAUUCUACUGCUGACAACAAGCACACAUAUGGGAAUAAUUGGACUCAACAAGAUGAGCCACACACAGUGAAUCAAUCAUCCCUCCCUGAGACUUCUGGUGACUCAUACGAGGCAUCGUUACAGUCAUCGGUGCUAGUUGAUGAUGUGGUUCACUCGCAUGAAAAUUCGCAUUUUGAUGAAAACAACACCAUUGCAGUGAGACCAGUAACUGCUUCUGAGGGACACUUGGGACAUGAUGAAGGUAAUUCUGAUUAUAAUGAUGGAUUGUUGAACAACUCAAGUUCCUAUCAGCCCCAAGAGCAUUCUUACACAGAGGGCGAAGUUGAGGAUUCCAAUGCUGAUGUAUCAGCAGCAGCAGCAAACUUUGAGAGUCUAAGCCUACAUAAUGAUGAGUUACCUGCAAAAAAGUUUGCUGAAGAUAACCCUGCAGUGAUAAUCCCUGAUCAUUUGCAAGUUACAAACACAGAAUGUGUCAGUUUGAGCUUUGGCAGUUUUGAAUCUGGUGCAUUUACUGGGUUCCUCCCACAAAAGACCACUGACAGCAAUGUGGAGUUGCCUGUUGGAGUGGAAUCUGCACCGGUAGAUCAAAUAGAUGCAAGGAAUCAAGAUUACUAUGACACCGGUGCUGUGAGUUCGUCAGCAAACAAGAACCUUGAGGCCAUGAUGGGAGCUAACAUGGAGAAUGCCAAUGCACCUUCUGUCUCACAGGCUGAUGUGCUGAGGCCGGAAGUACUUGAUCCAUCUGGUCUUCAAUAUGACAUCCCAUCUGUAUCAAGUCAUGCAUAUUCGAACAUGAACACAUCACAGCCAAGCACAAUGGAGGACCCACAAGGAAACAACCAAGCGCACACUCUUUCCCAUCUUUCAAACUUGAUGCAAGCAAAUCCGUUGAGCACCAACCUACUGGGGUCAAAUCAAUCAACUCUUCAGGACUUAGAAUUUGAUUUACCGCCAUAUCUUGUGGCAAAAUAUAAUGCGGGUUCAUCUACUAAUCCUAGACCAGCCAUCUCCAUGCAGGAGACUCUGAAAACAGGAGUUUUUUCCAACGCUCAGUCUACACAAAAUAUUCCAAGUACGAGCAUUCUGACAGGGCCUGCUCUCUCUCAGCAAUUAGCUGCUCACCCUUACUCUCAGCCAACGUUACCUCUCGCGCCUUUUGCAAAUAUUAUUGGCUAUCCGUAUGUGCCACAAAACUAUGCUACUUACCUACCAGCCGCGUUCCAGCAAGCAUACUCGAGUAAUGGACCAUUCCACCGGUCUGCCGCUGCUGUGCCAGGAUCUGGUAUGAAGUACGCAAUGCAAGAAUAUAAGAGCAACCUGUCUGCUACAGGCUUGCAACAACAACAACCUUCUUCAGUCAUCUCUGGCUAUGGAGGCUUUGGAAGCUCUAGUAAUCUCCCAGGAAGUGUCACCCUUAAUCAGAAUACUGUCUCUGUAUCAACAACUCUUGGUUUUGAUGAAGCAUUGAGCAGACAGUACAAAGAUGCCAGUCAAUACAUGGCCCUCCAGCAGGGUGACAACUCUGCAAUGUGGCUUCAUGGCUCAGGUUCAAGAGCACCGUCAGCGCUUCCGCCUAGCCAGUUCUAUUACCAGGGACAGAGUCAGCAGGGUGGCUUUCGCCAAGCACAGCAGUCGCAGCCCUCCCAAUUCGGAGGUCAUGGGUACCCAACUUUCUACAGUUCUCAGGGUGGUCUUACGCAGGAGCAGCACCCCCAGAACCUGGCCGAGGGCAGCCUGAACGGCUUCCAGAGCGCGCCUUCGCGGCUGUCUCACCCGAACUGGCAGCACCAGCACACCUACUGAGCCCUGCACCACUGUUAUAGUGUCUUUUUCGCUGUUGUGAAACAGGUUUCGCGUUCCCAUAUCCUAACUCGGUGCGGAGUAAAGCAGCUCGGACAAGCUGAGCUUGUGCUCUAGCGCUGAUAGGGUCCAGGCAUACAACAGUUCUAGAGAGCGUUUUUAACAUGUUGCGUGUUGUCAGACUGAUGGAUUGCGAUUUCUUUCGAUAGCAAGUUAUAUGUGCGGAGGCGCAGUCCUGUAAAACUGAGACAUAAUCACCUAACAAGGAGUCGUUUCUGAUUCCCAA